AUGGCUUGGACUCCUUACAUGGUAUCUACAUAUUGUUUAUGUGCACCUGCUGAUUUCGAGAGUAAGGAUUAUCCAUAUAUCACAAGAACCGAGAACGAUCAGCCUCAGUAUACAAUCGAGGAAAAAACAUACAUGAUUAACGAACAGAUUGAUGAAAGCGAGGGGUUCGAUAUCGAUUACACAUUCUUUCAGUGCUUAUUCAAAUACCGUCCGGUUAUUCUCAAUGGAGAUGAUUUCGUUGAGGAGCCCAAAACCUAUGGGGACUUACUCAGGAAGCUGUCUCAGAAAUCCCUUGAAUGCUAUAAUGAAGAGGAGGGCACAAAGUAUUAA